CAUUCCCCAUUUAGAAGCCAUUUUGGACACAGAUCAGUAACAUGCAUGUAAACCCCGACCGACCUCCCGAGGAAGCGGUGCUACUAUUCAAGUGAAUAACCUCACAAAACAGUGCUGGGUUUUCGUCUCGGACGGUUUAACAGCUUCCCAUUUGGCUUUUGGACCCACUUCCGACGCGAAAUGCCGCACCUAUUAACGGACUAACAGACGGGAAGUCAAUUAAUCGCUCCUAUUUUUUUUUUCUUGCAACAUUGUUGCAGCGCCGCGGCUAUUGACACGCGCUGUGGUGGUGGUGGUGGUUAGGCUACCGAGGGACCGGAGGCCUGUGGUCGUUUUUGAUCCCGGACUGAUGUUUUGGACAGCCUGAGUUUUAAUGUUCGUGGCGGAAAGUGGGGGAAAUCGCUGCCCUGUAUUUAAAACGGAACAUGUCUUUUUCGUGGCUGACUUGUUCACUUCUUCUGGGAACUUUAUGCGCAGGGUACAGUCUGGGCGAAGCAGAGACCCGGGAGUGUGUGUACUACAAUGAUAACUGGCGUACGGAGAGGACCAACCAGAGCGGCUUUGAGCGCUGCGAGGGGGAGAAGGACAAGCGACUGCACUGUUAUGCCUCCUGGCUCAACUCCUCAGGGACUAUCAAGCUGGUGAAGAAGGGCUGCUGGCUGGACGACUUCAACUGCUAUGACAGGCAAGAGUGUGUCUCCAUGGAGGAAAACCCUCAGGUCUUCUUCUGCUGCUGCGAGGGUAACUACUGCAAUGAACGAUUCACCCACCUUCCUGACAUGAUUGGCAGUGGCAACCGAGUGAAAAUCCGGCCUCCGCCGCGAGUGCCGUCCCUGCUCAAUGUUCUAGUGUACUCCCUGCUGCCUCUUUGUGUGCUGUCCCUGGCCCUCGUACUGGCCUUGUGGAUGUACCGCCACCGCAAACCUCCCUAUGGCCAUGUAGACCUCAGCGAGGAUCCUGGACCAGCCCCUCCAUCCCCCUUGGUGGGUCUGAAACCACUGCAGCUGUUGGAAAUCAAAGCCAGGGGGCGCUUUGGUUGUGUAUGGAAGGCCCAGUUCAUGAGCGAAUAUGUUGCUGUAAAGAUCUUCCCUGUUCAGGAUAAGCAGUCAUGGCAAAACGAGCGGGACAUAUUCUUGACUCCGGGGAUGCGACAUGAAAACCUCUUGCGUUACAUCGCAGCGGAGAAGCAUGGAACCAACCUGGAGACAGAGCUGUGGCUUAUCACAGAGUUUCAUGAGAGGGGCUCGUUGACAGACCACCUGAAGGGUAACACUGUGACCUGGAGUGAGCUGUGUCACAUAGCAGAGACAAUGUCCCGCGGCUUGGCCUACCUCCAUGAAGACAUUCCCAGCUAUAAGGGAGAGGGGCCCAAACCCACCAUUGCACACAGGGACUUUAAGAGUAAGAAUGUGAUGCUACGAGAUGAUCUGACUGCAGUCAUUGGAGACUUUGGGCUCGCUGUACGAUUUGAACCAGGAAAACCUCCUGGAGAUACUCACGGCCAGGUGGGUACGAGGCGUUACAUGGCUCCAGAGGUGCUGGAGGGAGCCAUCAACUUCCAGCGAGACUCCUUCCUGAGGAUAGACAUGUAUGCUAUGGGCUUGGUGCUGUGGGAGCUGGUGUCCCGCUGCUCGGAGACUGACGUUGGCGAGUACAUGCUGCCGUUUGAGGAUGAAAUAGGCCAGCAUCCCUCCCUGGAGGAUCUGCAGGAUGUGGUUGUGCACAAGAAGAUGCGUCCAGUCAUCAAGGAUUGCUGGCUUAAACAUCCUGGUCUUAGCCAGAUGUGCGAGACCAUCGAAGAAUGCUGGGACCACGACGCAGAGGCGCGAUUGUCCGCCGGCUGCGUCGAGGAGCGCAUCGGCCAGAUCGCCAGGACCAUCAGCAGCACUACCUCAGACAGCCCCGCCUCCAUUGUGACGUCUCUCACCAACGAGGACCUACCUCCCAAAGAGUCCAGCACCUGAAUGGGUGACAUCCUUCGCCUGAGCUCCUGACUUUUUAUGUUUCAAAUCAAACUCAGCGGAUCUCCGUGAAUAUUUAAAAGCAUAAAAAACAACUAGCAACUUGAAUGCAGCUGCUAUUUUAUCCCAAUACUGUCUCCCCCCCCUCUGUUUUAAUGUUUGUGGUCAAAAGUCAGAUCUUACUAACACAUCCAUCUGCUGUAGUUUUAAAGUAGUAAUAAGUUAUACGAUGGGCACAUCUGAUAACACAAAUGUGUCAAAUCUUGUUGUCAUUACCUCAUGUAUUUCUUUUGUGUUAGUCUGUUUUUAUUACCUCAUGAGUUGUGAUCUUUGUUGUUUUCAUGUCUUGGUCAUGAUCGUCUGCGGCCAAAUGAAAUCAACCUUUGCUCCAAACCUCGGACGACGUGCUGCACACCUCGGAGGAACCGUUUUGAGACUGUUAGACAAAAUAUAUUCAUCUUCCUCAGGGGUCGAACCUUCUCGAUUUUUAAACUCGAGCGUGCUCUCUUAUUUUAAACCUGUGAAUGCCUCUGAAUGGGAUUUAAGAUCAAAAAACAUCGGAGCACCGCUGUGUUAUCGCAAGGGAGGAGCAAAAAUGGGAGCAGAGCAGUUGUAUUUGACAUUUUGGACUUUUAGAAGAUUUGGGACAAGCCGUCUUGUCCCGGGGGAACUACCUCUCAGGUAUCCGGUAGGCUUCUUUGGAACACUUCCUCAAAGUUGAGAGCCAAGCUAUCCAGCUAGCUAUCAUGGACAUAUUCCUGGAUUAUUCUUUUUUGUUUUUAAAUUGUAGUAAUUCAGAGUUACUCCUUUGCCAGUGCCAGGAGCAUUGACCGAUGCUGCCUGGAGUUGCAAUGUUACACAUUCUCGAUUUUUAACUGUUUGCUUGAGUGUGUUUAUGUAUGUGUGUGUGUGUGUGAGAGAGAGAGAGGAGAUUUGAAGAUGAAAUGAUGUGAGAUGGAUAGAGAGCGUGUUUUUAAAGUAAGAACCAUGGACAUAGAGUUGGGGUUUAUUCUUGCGAGGGCCAUACUUGAGUAAGCAACAUGUCUGUUUUUAAUUUUCAUGAGUGUUUGUUGAACAGACUCAGUCGGACACCAGUCCCCAGAUUACCUCAGUCACUGUACAUCAUGCAAGGAGAGCUCAAGUGGUUGCCUUUGUCUCAAAUGCAAUGCCAUAGUUGUAUCAUAACAUGAAUACCAUACAUUGAAUGUCUGUUAUGCUGCUGUGACUAUUCCAGGAUACUCAAGGAUUUGUAGAUGUACAUGUAUUCUUUGUUAAUAUAACGCUAAUGAUAUUAUGUGAGGCUAAUAUUCUUAUUUGUUUUUUUGUGUUUUGUUUUGACCGGGUAAGCCCUCAGCUGCUUACUCUUCCAGACUGACCUCAGAUAUUCUGACAAGUACCUCAGGCUUUUUCUACAUGUAUAUCAAGUUGUGUUAUGUAUUUUAUUGUGUUUUAGUAGUUGAGAUAUUUUAUUGCCGCUUGGGCCUCUUUUGUCUGUGGAGAUUUUUUUAAUUUUAAUUUUAAAUAGAGCCUGACCAGUUGUCACAGUGUACAAUGCUGUACAAACGUAAAAGAAGAGAGGCAGAUUCUUGUAAAUAGACCUGUACACACAGUUGCAGAACACUGAUCUGAUUUUCAAAAAUACAAAAUCAGGGCAUUACUGUUUUCAUUUCACAGAAUCAGAAAGGGAUUUCUCAGUUCAACCUCUAUAUAUUUAAAAGUAAUUUUGACAACUAGCCCUGAGAUUAUUCUUUUUUUUACACACACACACACAUGCACACACACACUUCUUUCAAGAAUGAUGGUUGUGUUACUGAUUUCUUUGAAUAAUGGUAUCAGUUCCUCUGAGUCAGAAGCUGCGUAGGUAGCACUUGCAUUAGUAAGCUUACUGUGUAUAUCAUCAAAAAAAAAAAAAAAAAUCCCUGAUGGUUUGGUGCUGGCAGCUUCUGUUAUUGGCCACUCGCUGGAUAUGCCAGUUUGAACAGUAUUACCUCAAUAUUAACCCGCUGAUGUGAUGUUCAGACUUGUUCAGUGAUAAUCUAGCCAAGUUGGACAACACACAGGCUCAUCUGUUGUGCUUUGAUUAGUGCUGUGGAAAGAUGGUGAUUUUAACAGUGGUCUGUGAUGCUUGCUCCUGUGCUGUUUUGGUGAAGAACAUGUGGGGGGGUGGGGAGGGAAACCAUCAAUCAAUACAGAACAAUGUUUUUAGUGUUAGGAAAUCAUCAAUGUGUCUAACCACAUGAUUGGUUGAUUAAUAAUGAAGCCCCAUUACAAUUCAUGUACAGACAGCAGUGGCAUGUGCGUGGUCCAAGGUUCCAGCAAUAUAUUUAUUAUACAGCAAUAGUCACUAGUAUAUCAUAGUUUAAGUAACUAAACUUCUGCGGAUCAAUAAAGUACAUGUCAUCACACCUGGAUCAUGUUCUGAUGUGGACAUGUUAAAGCUUCCUGAUAGAAAAAAAUAUAUAAUGCUGUGGGUUGAGUUUCUGUGUGUAAGCUGAACGUGACCCAGGUGCUUUCACGUAUUGUGCCAGAAAAACAACGAUCACGAAGGAAAAUCUGCCGCGGUUGGUUGUUGCCUCCAAAUGCUGUCUUACACCCAGCUCUUCUGAACAGAAAAACCAGUUACCUCAUGCAGUACCUCGUUAGUAACACUAACAUGGAGUCAGUCUCAUAUUCAAAUAAAAGGAAAAAAAAAAUUGUGUAUAUAUUUACGUGACAAAUGUAAAAGGUUUCUUCCUUUUUUCAUGUGUGAAUCCUGUGAAUGCAAAAUCUUUUCCUUUUUGAUUUACAGUCAACAUGUUCAUUUCUGGUAGUGUGAAUGGAUGUUUGACUGAGUCCUGUGACCUUCCCUGUUUAUGUAAACUUUGUGAGUCUGUGUGUGUGUGUGUGUGUGUGUGUGGUGGUUGGUUUCACUAAAACAGUAUGAAUGGCAACUUUAUCUGUGAGCUGAAAUGCUUAGAAAUAUAAACUAGAUGAGAAUACAUCCAUCUUUUUGUAUAUUAAAAUAAAGAAACACUGAUUAACCAUA